AUGAAGCGGAGAAAAGCGAAAAAAGACAAGAAGAAGAAAUCCCGUGGCUUUUUGAAGAGAUUGUCGAGCUUUUGGAAGAAGAGUGAAGUGCACUCUUGUAUCUCACAGAAUAUAAGGUCUACCUCCCCCACAUAUCAAAGCUACAGGGAUUUAAUAUCGGAUGAUGACAUCGACCUUCGCGCGAAAAGCUCCACCCGCUUGCCAGUUUUUGAGAGUUACGAAGAGAUGGAACAAUGCCUCCAGAGAGCUCAAAUUGAAGUUGACUUGGAAAAUGCUCUGAAAGAUUUGCAUCAAAACACUUUGCAUUGUCUACAAGGAAGUUUAAAACGACCUCCAGAACGGCCACGAACUCCAAAGCGACAAGGCGGCAGCGUGAGCUUCAACCCUCCCGGGAGUGUUUCAUCCUUUGACGAUUCCUUCAAACCAGAUACCAGCUGCAGUCCGACAAGAGAAAGCAUUUCGAUCUGUGGAGUUUCCAGUACAAGUGGAGACUCGGCAAUUUCAACGGCGCACUCUUCAAGUGAAAUUUCAAAAACUUCCUGUCAAAAAUCCACCCCCGAGUUUCAACUAUCCCUAUUUUUUCUGCAGACAAUGGCGACCCUUGAAGAAACCCGCAAGAGUUUGGACGAGAAGACGGAGAAAAAGUCCCUAUCGGAAUCGCUGAACUUGUCAGAUUACUCGCCGGGAACGUCAAACUUCGACUCAGAUUCAGAAGAAGACUUCGACUUCCCUGGCCCCCCUCUUUACAUCGAUGUCACUCCGCCUGGGACACCUACUCCUGGAUCGCGCAAGUCCAGUGGAACAUUUUCGAACUUUGAUCGUCACUCGAGCGGCAACGAUUCGAGGACGGCGACAUUGCAGUCCAACUCGACUGUCAUGAGCUCCAAUCUUUCGUCGAUAUUCUCCGGUGGAACCUGCAUCGAAACUCCGGGCGCAAUAAAAUCGUCUUACCGCGGCUCUGAGUUUCAUUACAAUAAUCUCGGCUCAUCUUUCAAUAAUUCAAAAGACGACGUUCUUGCAUGCAACGAUUCGGAUGAAGUUUUUGCGAAAACCGCAAUGAUCCAAAUGCCCUCUGGGGAGAGUCCAAUUAGGCGCUGCUUAUCAACUCCUGAAUUUGCCCAGCAAUUACUCUCUUCCCACAUGAAAUGCAAAAACUGCCAAGUGUUGAAGGAAUCCCUGCAGGGAUUGCUCAAGGACUGCUCCGAAAUGAACGGUCUGCUGCGAACGCUUCUUGAAAUCCUCACUGCGCAGGAUUCUUGCGCAGCUCCACAGAAGCACUUCAGAGGAGUUGGAGACAGACUUUCCUCAAUCGAUCACGUUAUAAAAAAGAAACAGCGCGAUAUAGAUACAAUUAUUGAAGCCGUGGAGCAAUCACUGUAG